AAACCUUAGUUUGCUGUUAUUGUAGUAUCUUACCAUUUGCCACUUCUCACUUCGGGACACGCCCACUGAAAAUAUCAUUUAUCUCUUGCUAUCACUUGGCUAUAAUAACUUUGGACAUGUUCAGCUGGCUACGACUCCUCUCUCCUCUUUAGUUCCUUUCUUCAGUCCAAUACAAUAGCAAGCAGGCACAAAGAAAGUGUGAUCCAUGGCUACCACCAAUAUCUUUGCUUCUUCCACGCAACCGUGCUUACCUAUGCCUCGUAGCAUUUCAAACACGCUUGCUACUCCUUUUCUCAAUGUUUCGUUACCAAGAUGUUACCUCGUGAAGGAAAGACGUGUUAAAUUCAGCCAAAAAAUCAGUGCUGCUGCUGUUGCAACAUCUCCAACUGAGGAAAUUCAAGAGUACAAGCUUCCUUCAUGGGCUUCGUUUGAAAUUGGAAGAUCCGCUGUCUAUUGGAAAACCAUGAAUGGACUCCCCCCUACUUCAGGAGAAACGCUAAAACUAUUCUAUAAUCCAGCCGCAACUCAACUCGCCCCUAGUGAAGAAUUUGGAAUUGCUUUUAAUGGUGGUUUUAAUCAGCCAAUUAUGUGUGGUGGUGAGCCAAGGGCCAUGCUUAGAAAAGAUCGAGGCAAAGCUGAUUCUCCAAUUUAUACCAUUCAAAUAUGCAUUCCUAAGCAUGCUCUGAACUUGAUCUUCUCAUUUACAAAUGGAGUAGAAUGGGAUGGUCCGUAUAGACUGCAAUUUAAAGUUCCCAAGGCUUUAGAAAACAAGCCAAUUGACUUCUUUAAUAAGGGCUUGGCAGACGAACUCAGUAAAGAAGGAGCAUGUGAAAAAGCAAUCUUUCCAGACACACACAGAGUUAUAACCAGAUGUGCUAUGAUUGGUAACUUGUCAAAAGAAGGGGGUGAUCGCUGUGAUCUGAAUCUUGUUGUAGGAUGCACAGAUCCUAGUUCUCAUAUGUACGACCCCCUAGCCAAUGUAGAUGAUGGAUCAUGUAUAAUUGAAUUGGAAUCUGAGUCUGAGGAUUAACAUUAUACUUUGCAUAAAUACUUAUUUCUAGAUGGUCUCAAGUAUAUAGUGUAUAUUGUAAAUUCCACUCUCUGCAUUGAACAUUUACUAUAGCUGGCCCUGACACAGUAUUGAAAAAACUAUGGUCUUGCUAGCUUAUUUCUCUUUCUGAUAUUUCUCUAAUAAAGAAUUUCUAUUGAAACAAGCCUCUCUCUCUCUCUCUCUCCUCUUCUGGCUGAAUGUGUAAUCUGCUUGAAAAAAGUAGCAUAUGAUAUUAUCAUUGAUACAAUUUACAUGCUUGUUAAUAAAUAUGCAUUCAGAUUCAUGG